UACUUCUGCCUGGUUUCACAAAAAGAGACGAGGGACAGCAGAGGUGAGAAGGAUGUGAUGUUAAUCUGUCGCUAAAAAAUCAAGAAUGGAUCUGAAAAUACAUCUAAAAAUCUGCCUGCAUGUCAUUUUCUGGCUUUUCUUUGAGCAAGUGCUGCUAGAUGUGGCUGCAGGCAGACAUCCAACUUCUCAAAAACAUGGCUCAGGAGUUGCAGAUGCAGACCUGAUGUUUGAGUUCUUGCUGGGUGGGAUAGAGAUGGACCAGGACAACAAUAUCAUUCUGCUCGACAAGGAGCUGGCGUCAAUGAGGUCUGGGCGGGCUUUCUUGUCUCAGAUCAAUGACAACAUCCCCAGAAGUAAGAGCUCCAUGACGCAAAUGGUUACCUCACUGCAGGACAGGAGGAGGAGGCCGCUGACCUUGGCUCAGUUUGAGAGUCUUGUCCUGAGCAUGGUGUACUCUGCCCACCAGGCCCAGCAUCAGGAGAUAGAAGAGGAGCAGGAGGCGUGGGGUGAAGUGCUCCUCCAGCUGGCAAAUGUCACGGUCCAUGAACUACGUGAAAGUUAUCUCUUUAAUUAUGCAUGAUACACAUACUGACACUCUGUAUGAAAGGUGUAUGU